GGUUAUUUCAUGGUUCAAAACCCUUACGCAGCUGCUUGUGUAGCCUAUAUUGUAUUAAGAGUAAUAACUUUGCUGCCGUGCGCUGCCUUAAUGUCAUAAAUUAUGUCUUUAAAUGAUUUAAAAGUGACUAAAAAUCAGUUUGGUUGCAUUUUUUUCCAAAUGAAUCUGCUCAAUCACAUGCAUUAACGCUUCCCUUUGCACACUAGAGUAUAAAUACUUAACUUGAUGGUAUUUUCACUGAAUCUGUUGCAGCAAGAGACUAAAUCACCUCCUGUAUUUCAUGUUUAAAUACUUGUGAUGACACUACUCUAUCACUGACCAUCAAACAGACAAGAAAGACUUACAAUCUGUCAUAAAAAUGUGAGAUCUAGCCUUUUUAAAGGCUACCUCACAGCUUCUCAGUCAUUUUCACUCAUUUAUUAUGAGCCUCACUGCUGAAAUGAGUCAUUAGAUCAGAUAGAUUAAGCCCAUAUAACCUUUAGCCAGCCAUGCUAAAAUCUUAAAACCCAUUACACCCUCUGCAUGAGCUCCUUAAAUGCCUCAGAGCAGCAGAGCAAAAACAUUUUCUCCCUCUUCUCUUUAUUAAUAUCAUCACUGUUAUAUAUUAGGUAGAGGUAACAUAGCAAUGCAUACUAAAGAGGUUUUGGCUGAGCAUCAUACAUUCAGCAUCCCGAGAGAACAGCCGCAGCCAAAGAAGACAUUUUUAUGAAAUCCAAAGGGGCAAAUAUGCGGUUUCAGGAUUCUUACGUUUGUGAUUUAUUUUGAAAAAGAAAAAACGAGUUUACCAUCUUUCAGAAUAAAAGCACUUUCAUUAUAAGGCUUGUUCAUCGUGUGGGGGCUUGUAUUUAGCAUAUUCUCACUCAUCUUCGUCACCGUUUUUGUUAUUUGCUUUCAUUUCUCAUACCCGUCGCAUUUUUCUGACCCUCAGCUUGAUUUGGCAUCAUUUUUUAAAACCAAGUGAUGCAUUUCUCUCUCUCCUCUUUUAAAAAGCGAACCGACUCAGUGAUGGUGGUGGUGAACGGGACACCUCGAGGUGACCCCUCGGCCAAACAAAGCCAACUACUAGUCACUGUCUAGUCCCUUUUAUCCCAUUCUCUUUAUUAGAGGCCCUUUCUGACCGGCAAUGUUUUGUUGUCCAUCCCUUUGACCCGCUCCACACAAGGCCAAAUAUGGCCCGGGCCAUCGCUCAAUAUGGGCUAGAUUAAUUUUUCAGCUCAGGCCAUCUGUGUGGGGGUAAAAGUCAUUCAGCCAAAAGUCAUAAAUCUACAGUCCACGGUGCGUUUUCAAUGGGAGCUGCGCGUGGGAGGGGCGAGGAGAGGGAUGAUGGAGACACAAGAUUAGAUAGAUAGAUAGAUAGAUAGAUAGAUAGAUAGAUAGAUAGAUAGAUAGAUAGAUAGAUAGAUAGAUAGAUAGAUAGAUAGAUAGAUAGAAAACAUCAGGAAAAAUGCAUCUCUUAAAAUCUUGGGUAAUUAGACUUAAAAGACUGCAAACGUUAUUCUUUGGUUCACAAUCAUCUAUUGUUAACCACGUCCACGCCAGCAAAACUUCAUUAGCCCCAUCAUGAACAUUUUUUCCUCUAAAUUAUCCCAUUACGUCGGACAUAAACAACCCAAAGUGCAGCCUCCCAUUGGCUGGCCAUGGGGUCACGUGAGCCGCGUGGCAGUUCGUCUAUUUGACAGCCGCAGGAUGGCUUGAUGCCAGAGGGGGAAAAGAGACAGAGAGAGGGGAGAGAAAGAAAAAUUAGUAUUCUCCUUCCAACCUCGCUAUAAAUCAAUCAUGGAGUCCUACGUGGUGAGCUGUAAAUAUGCUGAGCCGCAGUUCCCGCCAUGUGAAGAAGAUUACAGUCAUUUCAGUGACCAAGGGGGGUAUUACAACAACCCUCAGGACAGUGGUACUUAUGGAGGGGGGUAUCAGUCCAUGCAGCCCCCUCCAUACUCAGCACAACAAACCGGCUAUCAACACUCUUUGCAGGGGCACCACCGGGAGGAUGGAGAGGAGCACACGCAGCACCAAGGUGCGCCGUACCCUGGCUACAGGGACACAGAAGCAACCGGUAAGGAGAGGUUCCCCGUGGGUGACCUCCAGUGCCAGGCCUGGAUGACCUGCGCAAAGCCCGCUCAGGUGCAGAGGAAGACGGCCUGCCAGGGCAAAGACAAGCCGCCUAUUGUUGUCUACCCGUGGAUGAAGAAAGUGCAUGUCGCUCAUGGUGAGGAUACUCAAGAUUUCAAUCCCUCUAUCUCUGAAUCAUUCUAUUCAUUUCAUUUCUCCAUCACUUUUGCUCCCCUAUUCCUGCGUUUAUGCUUCACGAGUCUGCAAGGCACACUCUCUUUCUUUCUUUCUUUCUUUCUUUCUUUCUUUCUUUCUUUCUUUCUUUCUUUCUAGUGUUUUGUCCAUUUGUGAGCACCCUUUUUGUGUUCUCGAGUUAUUUAUGAUCGCAGUGAGAGUCAGGGAGAAUUACAACCCCUAUAAAGUUUUAUGGCUCUGCCACAGCGUGUGUGUGUGUGUGUGCGUGUGUGUGUACGUGUAUGCGUAUAGGUUGUGUGCGAGUGAGUGUGAGUAUGUAUGUGCGGCUUAACAAAAAAAAAGUGAAGGUUAGAAGUGAAAACAAGCUUUUUGGACGUCUUCCCAGUCAACAACAAAUGGACAGUAGCACUAACAAUUGCCUCAUAACAAUAACUGCAGUUGUACUAAUGAAGAAGUCUUGUCGCUCACUUCAAUUCUCAUUAUCUUAAUUGUGUUUUUAUGCAUAGAAUCAAAAAUAGUAGCAAAUUAAUUCUACUUUAUCCGUUUCAAAAAAGAUCUCCAAUCGAGGUGUUAAAAAUCCAAACAGUAUAGGCAGAAACUAAAUGUGGAAGAAGUGAUAGUGGGACAGGCCUCACAAAAAGUAAUCGAUAUUUAUCCCUCCUCCCUUUAUUUAUACAUGUUUUGUUUUCUGCAGUAAAUCCAAACCACGUGGGCCCGGAACCAAAGCGUCUCCGGACGGCCUACACGCGCCAGCAGGUUCUGGAGCUGGAGAAAGAAUUCCACUUCAGCCGCUACCUCACGCGCCGCCGCCGCGUCGAAGUGGCUCACGCGCUCUGCUUGUCCGAGCGGCAGGUGAAGGUUUGGUUCCAGAACAGGCGCAUGCGCUGGAAGAAAGACAACAAGCUACCGAACACUAAAGGAAAGAAUAAGAGCAAGAAAACAUCGGACAACAACAACAGCAACACCACCAGCAACAGCAGCAGCAGCAGUAGUAGCAGUAACGUGAAGGUGGUGAUAACCGUUUGAACAAAGGAUAGUGGGAACACAGUUUGUUUGUUGGCACCUUCACUCUGUUAGAAUGAUACAUCCAGAGUGGAUACAGCUAACAAACACAUUUAGCCGAUGAACUGCUUUCAAUGACGGGAUCUCCAUGGCUUUAUAAACGUGUUCAUGUAUUUUGCUUUAUAGCUUUUUUUCCAUUUUAUUGCAGACAAUUUAGUCCAGUAUUUCAUUCAUAAAUAGCUAAUUGUUUGUGGUCCCAUAUUAUGAUAACGUCGUGGUCGGUUAUUGGUCAAGUCUCUGAAAAAGGUGAAAUCAGGGACUUGCAAUUUUUGACCUCGGUGAGCGAGGAGAGCUCGUGUCUAUGGAGAAAACAGGGUUUUUAUUUCUACAGGGUAAAGAUAAUACAGGGUUUAUAAAUAGCUACCUAGAUGAUAAAAGAACUUAACUUAUAAAUAUGCACAUUACCAAACAAAAUGUCCGCAGACUGGCGCUUAUGGAGGCUAAAAUCAUUGACCAAAUGACUUGGGAAAAUUAUGUUCAAGCAUUUAUUUUUAACUUACAAGGAGCAACCAAAAUCAGCGUGUAUCUAGUGGGAUAAGCAGCCAUAUUGUGCAGAUUUUUUUAGACAUGCCAAUGUAUACAUUUUUUGGUUUGACGUUACACAUCUGUAAGAUUAACACACAGCCAAAUCGGAGAUACAGUUUUAAAUGCACGAAGUUAACUGUGUUUCCAACAUACUCUCUCAGGGUUACAGGGUUGAAAUAAAACAGAACUUUUGUCGAGCAUUUCUUUUUUUGUUGUUGUUGUUGUUUUAAGCACCGAGGUGAAUUAAAUAAAUCCUCUUUGAAACAGCAAUUCAUUAUGUUAUUAUAAUAUGUUCUCGUUGAUUCCAGUAUAAUAUGCUAUUGAUUUCUGUUACACAACCUAUAGGCCCACGCCAGUACUUAUUUCUGUUUGUAUGAUUUAGAAAGAUUUUUGUAGCAAGCAUCAUCUCUGUUCGAUUUUGUAUAUGUACAUUUUAAAAAGAUCUCUUGUGUAAGGAUUUUAUAAGGGAAA